CAAAAGCAGAUUUCAGAAAUGGCAGAAGAUGGCAAUGAGGAGACAAUGUUUAUAUGGUGUGAAGACUGUAGUCAGUAUCAUGAUUCAGAAUGUCCAGAACUGGGGCCGGUAGUGACUGUCAAAGACUCCUUUGUAUUAAGUAGAGCAAGGUCAUCCCUUCCAUCCAAUUUGGAGAUUAGACAACUUGAAGAUGGAACUGAAGGUGUUUUUGCAGUGACUCAGAUGGUCAAGCGUACCCAGUUUGGCCCUUUUGAAUCCAAAAGAGUUGCCAAACUGGAAAAGGAGCCAGCAUUUCUGUUGAAGGUUUUUCAGAAGGAUGGUCCUCCAGUAUAUUUUGAUACCUCUAAUGAAGAUGAUUGUAACUGGAUGAUGAUGGUGAGAUCAGCCACACAGUAUGAACACCAGAACCUGACUGCCUUCCAGCAUGAUAAUGACAUUUACUUUACUACUUCCCGGGAUAUCCCACCGGGAACUGAAUUAAGAGUAUGGUACGCAGCAUUUUAUGCAAAAAAAAUGGAAAAGCCUGUUCUAAAGCAGGUUACUAGCACUGCCAAUGACAUGUGCUUAGUUGUGAUGGAAUGUGACCAAGAAGGAAACAAAAUUACUUCAAAGCCUUCUGACACAUGUGUCUUUUCUGUCAAGAAAGUCAAGAAAUCCCGAUUUCAUGAGGCCGAUCUUACAGAGAGCACUCCAGAUAGUGGUGGGCCUCUUGAAACAGAGUCUAACCAGUGGACAUGUAAAGUAUGCUCAACAACUUUCCAAGAACCUCAGCUGCUGACAGAACAUCUGUUGUGUCACUUGGAACAAGCCAAAGGAGCUCCUCCGGGCAAUCAAAGUGACGCACUUCCAGAGGAGGAUGUGGAGGCUCACCCUUCAGAUCAGCCUAUAAUCUGUGAAAACACCAACAUUAAGGUGGAUAUGAAAAAAAAACCACGAAGGGGAAGGAAGCCAAAAGUGGCGAAAGCGGAAGCUCCCCUUGUGACUGUGGAUGAUAAUGACCAUUCUGAGGAUCAUGUUGCUGAAAUUAUAACAGAAAUCCCGCCUGAUGAGGUAGCUCUUCCUUCUGCUGCAGAAGAAAGGAUCAUGGAGCUGGUUUUAGGGAAGCUACCCAGUACUGGAAACAGUAUGAAUCCCAUAACAAAAAAAUAUCCUCAUCAUCAAAGCUCUAUGUCCCUCAAGAGAAGUUUAAUCCUCUCUAGUAGACAUGGGAUACGGCGAAAGCUGAUUAAGCAACUUGGAGAACACAAGCGGGUAUAUCAGUGUAACAUCUGCAGUAAGAUGUUCCAGAAUAGCAGCAACCUCAGCAGGCACAUCCGCUCUCAUGGUGACAAAUUAUUUAAAUGUGAAGAAUGUGGCAAGCUUUUCAGUCGCAAAGAGAGUCUGAAGCAGCACGUUUCCUAUAAACACAGUAGGAAUGAGGUUGACAGUGAAUACAGGUACAGGUGUGCUACAUGUGAAAAAGCUUUUCGGAUAGAGAGUGCAUUAGAAUUCCACAAUUGUAGGACAGAUGACAAGACAUUUCAGUGUGAGAUGUGUUUCAGAUUCUUUUCUACAAACAGCAACCUCUCAAAACACAAAAAGAAACAUGGGGACAAGAAAUUUGCCUGUGAGAUCUGCAACAAGUUGUUUUACCGGAAAGAUGUCAUGUUGGAUCACCAGAGGCGGCACCUGGAAGGAGUGAGGCGUGUAAAAAGAGAGGACUUUGAGCACAGCACAGACAACAUGGUCCGCUACAAGAAGGAGCCCUCUGGUUGUCCUGUGUGUGGAAAGAUAUUUUCUUGUAGGAGCAAUAUGAACAAGCAUCUCCUUACCCAUGGAGAUAAGAAAUACACCUGUGAGAUUUGUGGGCGUAAAUUCUUCAGGGUGGACGUACUGAGAGACCAUAUUCAUGUUCAUUUUAAGGACAUUGCAAUAAUGGAUGACCACCAAAGGGAAGAGUUCAUUGGCAAAAUAGGAAUCUCUUCAGAGGAAAAUGAUGAAAAUUCAGAUGGAAGUGUGGAUUCCGAGCCUCACAAGUAUAGCUGCAAAAGGUGCCAGUUAACAUUUGGCCGAGGAAAGGAGUACUUAAAACACAUCAUGGAAGUCCACAAGGAGAAGGGAUAUGGCUGUAGCAUCUGCCAUAGACGUUUUGCCUUGAAGGCCACUUACCACGCACACAUGGUCAUUCACCGGGAGAACCUGCCUGACCCCAAUGUGCAGAAAUAUAUCCAUCCAUGUGAAAUCUGUGGAAGGAUUUUUAACAGCAUAGGGAAUUUAGAGCGGCAUAAACUUAUUCAUACAGGUGUGAAAAGUCAUGCCUGUGAACAAUGUGGUAAGUCAUUUGCAAGGAAGGAUAUGUUAAAAGAACAUAUGAGAGUCCAUGAUAAUAUCCGAGAAUACCUAUGUGCAGAAUGUGGCAAAGGCAUGAAAACAAAACACGCAUUGCGCCAUCACAUGAAACUACACAAAGGAAUAAAAGAGUAUGAAUGCAUGGAAUGCCAUCGGAAAUUUGCACAGAAAGUCAACAUGCUGAAGCAUUACAAAAGGCAUACAGGAAUCAAAGAUUUCAUGUGUGAGCUCUGUGGGAAAACGUUUAGUGAAAGGAACACAAUGGAGACGCAUAAACUUAUUCACACAGUGGGGAAGCAGUGGACAUGUUCAGUGUGUGAUAAAAAGUAUGUCACUGAUUACAUGCUCCAGAAACACAUCCAGCUGACCCAUGAUAAGGUAGAAGCUCAGAGCUGUCAUCUCUGUGGAACGAAGGUUUCUACCAGAGCAUCAAUGAGCCGUCACAUGAGACGAAAACAUCCAGAGGUGCUUUCAGUUAGGAUCGAUGACUUAGAACAGCUCCCAGAGACCACUACGGUCGAUGCUUCAUCUAUAGGGAUUGUGCAGCCAGAUCUGUCUCUGGAACAAGGAGAGCUACCAGAGGCCAAGCGUGUGAAGACUCAUAAACGUGGCCAUAAACGAAAGCCUAAACCAGGUGACGAGGAGGAAGUCCAAGUACCUGAGGACUCUGCCUUCAGUGAAUAUACAGAAAAAGAAGUCGAGUUCACAGGAAAUGUGGGGGAUGAGACCAAUUCAGCUGUGCAAAGCAUUCAGCAGGUGGUGGUGACCCUUGGCAAUCCAAAUGUUACAGCGCCUUCUAGCUCUGUUGGUCUAACCAAUAUCAGCGUCACUCCCAUCACCACUCUAGCAGGGACUCCAUUUACAAACCUACAACCUGUAGCUGUAGGCCAUCUUGCAACUCCUGAACGCCAGUUACAACUAGACAAUUCAAUUCUCACAGUGACAUUUGAUACAGUUACUGGUUCUGCCAUGCUGCAUGGCAACCGACAAAAUGAUAUUCAAAUACAGCCACAGCCUGAAGCAACCAGUCCUCAGUCGGUGGCGCACUUUAUAAACCUAACAACUCUGGUGAACUCCAUUGCUCCAUUAGGGAGCCAGAUGUCAGAACAGCAUCCCUUGACGUGGAGAGCAGUGCCUCAAACCGAUGUCCUGCAGACUCAGGCUCAGCCAACGCCACCACAAACAGGGCAGCAGCAGGUUCCAACAGAACAGCAGCAGCAGAUGUACAGCUACUAGUUUGUACUUGAAAGAAGAUUCCAAACUGUGAAUGGGUUUGAAUGAGCCCUGGGGGCACUUAGCAGCAGCAACUGCUGGAUACCAAACAGAGGUGGAAGGAAGGAGCUUAAAGAACGACAUGUAAG